UUAAUAUAGUUUAGUUCAUUUGAUAUUACCUAUAGUCAAAUAAUAUUUAAAAGUUUUCUAAGAGUUUGCAAUUAGCAACAUUUUUUGUUGGCUUGAAUAUUUUAUACUAGUUUACUAAUCUUAUUAUUUUGUUGACAAUUAUAAAUAAGUCUAUCGACGUUUAAGAUAUUUAUUAUAUAAUAAUUUAAUAUGGCGAAAGAUGCCAGUGAGACAAAAAAUGUUAUUGCAGAUGCCUUGGAUAGGCAUAACUUCUACAGAAAAAAACACAAUGUGCCUCCUUUAAAAAUUAAUUCAAAGUUGAAUGAAAUUAGUCAAAAUUGGGCUGACGAGCUUGCUAAAACUGACAAAGCGUCUCAUCGUCCAAAAAAUGCUUACGGUGAAAAUAUUUAUACUAUAUGGUCAACAGAAGAAGUGACACAAUUGGGCAUUAAAGCAGUAGACAGCUGGUAUAGUGAAAUAAAAUAUUUUAAUUUUCAAGGAACAAACGAUGACAUGGCUGCUUCUACAAAAGCAUUUCACUUUACUCAAUUAAUUUGGAAAGACAGUGAAGAGCUUGGUGUUGGUGCAUCCAAAAGUCCUAAAUCCGGUAAAUUAUACGUAGUAUGUAAUUAUGACCCGCACGGAAAUGUUAGAUCGCAAUUUAAAGAACAAGUAUUGGAAUCUGAUGCUUCAUAAUCAGAGUCACUACUAAAUUAAUAUUUUCGAAAAUAUUAUAUUCAUAUCGAUAUUUGGCUUUGGGAUUAAAAACACGUACAACAAUA